UUUCCCGCUACUCGCUGCUCUUCCGACUCACCCGCGGACUCCUCUAUCCCGAAGCAGCCCCGGCCGGCGUGCACAAGCCCGCCAGCACACAGGCCUGUCCGCCCCAUCCUAGAGCCCAGGCUCUGCUCCCCGCAGCCUUCGCCCUUCAAGCCAGCCCCAGCCCGGGGGGGCAUCAAGAUGAAGGCUGCCCGCUUCGUGAUGCGCAGCGCCGGCUCGCUGAGCGGCGCCAGCCUAGUGCCCCGCGAGGUAGAGCAUUUUUCGCGCUACAGCCCGUCCCCGCUGUCUAUGAAGCAGCUGCUGGACUUCGGUUCAGAAAAUGCAUGUGAAAGAACAUCUUUUACAUUUUUGCGGCAAGAAUUGCCAGUGAGGCUAGCCAAUAUCCUGAAGGAAAUUGAUAUUCUCCCAGAUCCAUUAGUAAACACCUCUUCAGUGCAAUUAGUUAAAAGCUGGUACAUCCAGAGCCUGAUGGAUUUGGUGGAAUUCCAUGAGAGAAGCCCAGAGGACCAGAAAGCAUUAUCAGAUUUUGUAGAUACUCUCAUCAAAGUUCGAAAUAGACACCACAAUGUAGUUCCUACAAUGGCACAAGGAAUCAUAGAGUAUAAAGAUGCCUGUACAGUGGAUCCAGUCACCAAUCAAAAUCUUCAGUAUUUCCUGGAUCGAUUUUACAUGAACCGUAUUUCUACCCGGAUGCUGAUGAACCAGCACAUUCUUAUAUUUAGUGACUCCCAGACAGGAAACCCAAGCCACAUUGGAAGCAUUGAUCCAAAAUGUGAUGUGGUAGCAGUGGUCGAAGAUGCCUUUGAGUGUUCAAAGAUGCUUUGUGAUCAGUAUUAUUUAACAUCUCCAGAAUUAAAGCUCACACAAGUGAAUGGAAAAUUUCCAAACCAGCCAAUUCAUAUUGUUUACGUUCCUUCUCACCUUCAUCAUAUGCUUUUUGAACUAUUCAAGAAUGCUAUGAGGGCAACAGUUGAGCACCAGGAAAACUGGCCUUCCCUUACACCGAUUGAAGUGAUUGUUGUCUUGGGGAAAGAAGAUCUGACAAUUAAGAUUUCAGACAGAGGAGGUGGGGUUCCCCUGAAGAUCACUGACCGUCUUUUCAGCUACACGUACUCCACGGCACCAACACCUGUGAUGGAUAAUUCCCGAAACGCUCCCUUGGCCGGUUUUGGUUAUGGCUUGCCAAUUUCUCGUCUCUACGCCAAGUACUUUCACGGAGAUCUGAAUCUCUACUCUUUGUCAGGAUAUGGAACAGAUGCUAUAAUCUACUUAAAGGCUUUAUCUACGGAGUCUGUAGAAAAACUCCCAGUCUUUAACAAGUCAGCCUUCAAACAUUACCAGAUGAGCAUUGAAGCUGAUGACUGGUGUAUCCCAAGCAAGGAACCAAAGAACCUGGCAAAGGAAAAAGUGGCUCUGUGAAGCGGGACACCCAGGACACUUCAAGGGAUCAAAGUGGGUCUGUACCAGGGCUGCUUCCUGAAUGUUUGGGUGUGAACUCGUUUCCUCAAAAACAAACAACAGCCACAAAAACUCCUUGGUCAGGACACUGGUGCAAAGAAGAGCAGAGCUCACAUCUGUGAUUGAGGAGAGCACAGUCAGCGCAGGACUACGGAGUGAACAGACCGCCAGAUGGUUAUUUUUAACCUAGAAUAACUCUUGAGCUUAUAUCAAAUCCUGAAGAAGAAAUAAGCCUCAGUUUUCCAUCUCUUUAUGGCCAAGAAUGGAAAAGAGAGCCAAGUGAAGAUACGAGCCAGCAGUCUCACUAGACUGAUAUUUCAGGCCUCUGGUUGAUGUCAUAAGAUAUUGGUGUUCAUUAAAUAUCAAGUGUCAGUAUAUUAGUAUUUUCCUCCCAUUUGAAGGAUUAGCAUUUAGUUUAUACUCUAUGAUUAUAAAUGUAUGUAAAUGUACAUUUCAUAUAUAUCUGCGAUCUACAGAGGAAGAGCUGGUGAUAAAGUAUGUGCUGGUGUACAAAAUAACAUUCACUUUGAAUGAGGAGGAAUGAGUAACUCCAUUAUACUUAAUUCAAAGUUGCAGCCAAGACAGUGGACCUAUGUGAAAACUCAGAAGAAAACCUUUUCUGAUAAAUAUAGCACCUUUGUUAUGCUGCUUUUCCCGUUCAUACUUCACAUAAUAAAUGAACACUUAUUGCCAGGUGCCUACCUAGUCUUGGGUGAAUUUUAAGAUAUGCACUGAACUCAGGAUGUUGGCAGUUGAAGGAAGAGAAUUGCCAAAAUAACAGCAAAAAAAUCUCUCACCUUGCUUUGUUUAUAAAUGAAAUAUUAGAUUGGAAUAGCCAGUGUUAGGGAAAGAAAGCAUACUUUCAGAACCAGCUCAGUAGGAAGAGUUGUUCUCUACCCUGCAGUGGUGGUAAUCCAAAAGCAUCCAUGUUCUAGGCCUAAAAAGAUAUAUUUUUGUUAUAUUAUAUUCUCUACACUCCCACAUUAACAUGUCUGUAAAAGAAAUUCCUAAUUAUCAAAUGGUCAAAACAUUAGAAUUCAAGUACUUCUUGGAAUAUUUUUUAACAAAUAGCUUGGAAAAGAUUUUCGUGCUAGGAUGUUUUCAUUUGUGAAUAACUGAAUUGAGAGCUAAUGUAUGAAACCUAUAAUGCAUAUGAAACUUUUGGGGAGUUAGAGUAUAUGAAGGUUGACAGGUCAGUCUAGCACAUUAAUUUUAGAAAAGGAAUGAAAAAACAGAAGAAAGGAAGGGAAGAAGAAGGAGGCAAGAAAGGAAGGAAGGGAGGGAGGGACAGAGUAAAACAGAAGGUAGGCAUCUUGCUAUAUUCCUCACAAAAUUAGUUUGAGAAAUGAUUCAUAUUUUCGUGGACAAAUGAUUGACAAGAGGAUGAAGUGGUCUUUUUCAAAAGAGUGUAUCUUCCUUAAAUGGUUCUCAUUCUUGCAAGAUAACAGGCUUUUAUGAGACAAUAACUUAUCUGUGUCGAAUUGAUGUUUAAAUUGGGAUAUAGAAAACACUAGAGUUUUCCAUAUUGUAAAAUAAUCAGUACUGUCUACAUGAUGAAUUUUACAUGUGCGUUUAAUUUUGUCGUGGCCUAAUGUACUUGUGGUAGUAGCCAUAGAAGCCCCUAACUGUUUGUGUGCAUUUCAGAUUUUAUCAUCAGGGGUCCUAGAUAGUGACUUUUCUUGAUGGGACUCUGGCUCGUGCAUUUAUUGAGCAUAAAACUAAUUGCAAUAGGCUAUUUGGCAUUUCAUUUUUGACUGAAAUUUAAAAAAAUUUUGCAUGUAAUUAUGUAUUUACCAAAGAUUUAAAGCAACUGAUUAAUUAAUUAACCCAAACACUGUGAACUAUCUUUAAAAUUAUAAAGAAAUGUUGGUAUCUCAAUAACAUCAGCCUUGUAAAUGGAGUUCUAUGAAAUAGAAAUAGUCUACAUUGGUACUUGGGAAAUCUGUGGAGGCACUUUAGGAUUCUAGUGGAUGGAUAAUGAAUAUUUAGGUCCACUGAAAUUAUUGAUGUAUAUAUUGUGUUUUCUUCUAGGCUCUGUACAGAGAAAUGUGAUAAUUUUUAUAAUAAAUAUUUUGUAUUAUAAUAGUA